UGAGAGGCGGACGCGCAUCAAAUCUCGUGAAUAUCUUAAACACGUUAUACAUAAUUAAUGACAGAAAAUUGUUAAACUCAUUGCUGGAUACGAUCGAAGGAUAUAUGAGUUCAAAUUAUUUAUUUUCUGAAGACUAACUUAUUACUUGAUGGAUUUAAGUGAAGCGAAAUGCUUAAAAGUUUUUCUGUAAAGCUAAACUGUGUUAUGUACUUUGUUUCGGAAAUGUUGAUAUCGACCCACGGGGAGUGUUUAUGAGACAUUUUAAAGUGAAAUGAAAUAUCUGUGAUAAUGUAUGCUGUUACGACUGUGUUUUGUGUGCUGCUGCACUUUGUGUGGUCUGUUCCGUCGUACGGUUUGGACAAAUGUGUGCGACAGGAUUCUGGAAACAGUAUAAUUUGUAGAAUUCGUACUCUGGAUAGCGAUGGGAGUAGUAUCUCUACUGUGAAUUCAGAAACAUAUGCACUUAAUAUUGAGUGCAAUCAUCUGCUAUUAUUUGAAAGUACUCUCAGAGCACACUACUUCAGUACCGUUGGUAGUUUAACCGAUCUUACAAUUAAUAACUGCAAGCUACUAUCUGUUCCCGACAACACCUUUCAAGAUUUAAAUAAAUUAAGAAGACUAAAGAUUCGUUCCAAAAAUUCAGAGUGGAGUCCUACCAAGAAUUUGGAAUUAACUUUAAACUCUUUCAAUGGAUUAUCGGAAAUGCAGUCAUUAGAUCUGGCUCAAAAUAACAUCAAGUUCAUUUCUUCUGGUAUAUUUUGCUCUCUAGAGAACUUGAAUACAUUAAAUGUAACACGUAAUAGAAUAAGAACUGUGGGGCAGAUUGGUUUCGGACAAGGGUGUGGAUCUGGUUUACAUACACUAGAUUUGAGUCAUAAUGAAAUCAAGACGCUAUCCGAAGAAUCAGAACUUGUAAAAUUGCGUAGUUUGCAAUAUAUAUACUUACAACAUAAUAAUAUCUCUGACAUAUCAAGUGAAGCAUUUAAAGGACUUGGUUCUUUGAGAGUUUUGAACAUAUCACAUAACCGUCUUCAUACCCUACCGGAAGGCUUAUUUGCUUAUGCUAGAGAAUUAAGAGAAAUCUACCUAAACGAUAACUCAAUAUUUGAACUUGCUCGAGGUAUAUUUCAUCGACUUGAACAGUUAAUAGUGUUGGAUCUGUCGAGUAAUCAACUUACGAGCAAUCAUAUAGACGACGGGACGUUUCUUGGUUUAAUAAGAUUGAUUGUUUUAAACUUAUCAAACAAUGCCCUGACAAGAAUUGAUGGAAAAACAUUUAAAGAUUUAUUUGUUCUUCAAAUAUUGAACUUGAAAAAUAAUUCCAUUGGAUAUAUUGAGGAAAAUGCUUUUUUGCCUCUGUAUAAUCUUCACACAUUGAACUUGGCAGAAAACCGUCUUCAUACGGUAGAUGAAAACUUAUUCAACGGAUUAUUUGUUCUUAGUAAAUUGACCCUCAAUAACAAUUUACUUGUAAAUAUUGACAGAAAAGCUUUUAAAAAUUGUUCUGACUUGAAGGAAUUAGAUUUGAGUUCAAAUCAAUUAAUAGAAAUCCCUGAUGCACUGUGGGAGCUUCCUUUUCUUAAAACCCUUGAUUUGGGAGAGAAUCAAAUAUCAGAUUUUAAAAAUGGAUCUUUUAAAAAUUUAAAUCAAUUGACUGGAUUGAGAUUGAUUGAUAAUCAAAUCGGAAAUUUAAGUGCUGGUAUGUUUUGGGAUUUGCCAAGUUUACAAGUAUUGAAUAUUGCAAAAAAUAAGAUUCAAUCUAUUGAACGAGGAACAUUUAGUCGAAACUCUCAACUGGAGGCCAUUAGAUUAGAUGGAAACUUCUUGUCGGACAUUAAUGGAGUUUUUUCAACACUUGCAAGUCUAUUGUGGCUUAACCUAUCGGAAAAUCAUUUAGUGUGGUUCGACUAUGCGUUUGUGCCUAGUAAUUUAAAGUGGUUGGACGUUCACGGCAAUUUUAUUGAACAUUUAGGUAACUAUUACAAAUUACAGGAUGAAAUUCGCAUAAAAACUUUAGAUGUAAGUCAUAACAGAAUUGUAGAAAUAUCACCAAUGUCUAUACCUAAUAGUGUUGAAUUAUUGUUUAUAAAUAAUAAUUUCUUGAAUAAUAUUCAUGUUAAUACGUUUUUCGAUAAAAAAAAUCUUACUCGUGUGGAUAUGUAUGCUAAUGAAAUUGUGCAUUUAGAACUUAAUAGUUUACGUUUGGCUAAUGUGCCCAUGAAUAAAAGUUUACCUGAAUUUUAUAUUGGUGGGAAUCCUUUUAAAUGUGAUUGUACAAUGGAGUGGUUACCGAUUGUAAACAAUAUGACUGCUAUGCGGCAGUAUCCGCGCGUAAUGGACAUAGAAAACGUGUUGUGUAAAAUGACGAACACUCGUAGCGGGACCCAGGUACCCCUAACCAAUCUUAAGAAAUCGGACUUUCUAUGUGCGUAUGAGACUCAUUGUUUUGCUAUCUGUCAUUGCUGCGAUUACGACGCGUGUGACUGUGAAAUGACCUGUCCACAAAAUUGUACUUGCUACCACGACCCGUUAUGGAACACUAACGUCGUUGAUUGCUCCGGACAAUCGUCGAUGGAAAUCCCACACAAGAUACCAAUGGAUGCCACUGAAGUAUUUUUAGAUGGAAAUAACAUAAGAGAACUACAAAAUCACGUUUUUAUUGGACGACAAAAGAUGCGGUCUCUUUAUGUGAAUAAUAGCAACGUAGACAGUAUUCAAAAUAGAACUUUUGCUGGCCUUAAUGCUUUAGAAAUUCUUCACCUGGGAAACAAUAAGUUACGAGAAUUAAAAGGAUAUGAGUUUCACCAAUUAAGUAAUUUAAAAGAGUUGUUUUUACAAAACAACCUCAUUAGUCAUAUCGCGAACAUAUCAUUCUUGUCACUAAAAUCUCUAGAAACUUUACGCUUAGACGGCAAUAGAUUAGUUGACUUCGGAGUAUGGAGUUUCGCCGAUAACUCGAAUCUAAAAGCAUUAUCACUCGGCAAUAAUUUAUGGUCAUGCAAAUGCCGUUAUCUACAAGAAUUAACAGCGUAUUUAGCCGAAAACGCUCAAAAAAUAAUAGAUAUAACUGAUGUGUGGUGUUGGAAUGGAGACGCAAAGCCGCCACAGAAAAAAGAGCUUAAUUUAAAUGGAACAGCCUGCAGCGAUUAUUACGCCGAUAAUUCAGUCAUCGGAAAUAUGUUGGUGUCAAACUAUGUUCCCAUGAUGGUCUCAACUCUUACCGGUUUUAUGUUAAUUUUAUUAGCUCUUGUGGUACUAUUUCUUUUUAGAGAUUCGUUACGAGUUUGGCUUUAUACAAAUUGUGGUAUUCGAGUAUUUUCUCUCUCCAAUGGAUACGAAGAAAACGAGAAAUUAUAUGAUGCAUAUGUUUGCUAUAGUCCAAAGGACGAAGAAUUGGUAUUACAAAUUUUUGCCAAUGAACUAGAAAACGGAAAUUCAUCAUAUAAUCUUUGCCUACAUUAUAGAGAUAUCCCGCAUCAUGGCGCACAAUACAUGCAAUAUGCUCCACCAGUCCUUGAUUUUGCUGAAGCAUCUAAACGGAUUAUAUUAGUCUUGACACGAAAUUUUAUGCAAACAGAGUGGUCCCGCUUUGAUUAUCGAAAAGAAUUCCAUGAAGUUUUAAAAGGAUAUGUUUAUAAGUUAGUUUUAAUCGAAGACUAUUCAGUAGUUCAAGAAGCGAUGUGUGACGAAGAAUUAAGACCCUAUCUGAAAACUGGGUCAAGAUUAAGAUAUGGUCAAAAAAAUUUCAUGGAGCGCCUUAAGUUUAUGCUCCCAGACUCAACGCAGUCACACCAUAAAAAAAGAAACUCAUCUAAUUGUAGAAAAAAUAUUAAUACCUAUACUUUAGACUCAUCUGUCCCUAAUGGAGGCAAUAGAACUUUAAGUUAUCCUGAUAAGUCACCUGUAUUGGGAAAUAGCGGACAAGGCGCUAGUGCCCCCCCAGAGUAUAGUACAGAAGUAAGGCAAUCGCCUUCAACCAUACGACAAAUGCAAGGAGUCUCCUACGGUCCAGAUGGUAGACCAAUAUCCGAUCAUAUUUAUUCCUCAAUAGACUCUGAUUACUCAUCCUUAGAGCAAGGCAUGGCACCAGGCAGACGAAGAGAUAUGCGGCAAUGGCCACCCCCGCCACCCAUUGUAGAUACAGGUAGCGGUGGCGUACAAGCUUACCUAGUCUAGAAAGGGUUCCGACCCAAUUCCAGUCAUAUUGUAUAUAUGUAGAUGUUAAAUUAAAAUGCUGUAAAUAUUGUAAUUAUUAGUUGUAAGUGCUAUACCAAAACGUAUGUAAGUAAACUUACUAUUGCCUGUUCGUUAUCCUGUGUAUAGGUUUUGUAUUAAAAUUUUAAAGACUGCUGUAGCAUUACUAUUGUAAAUAGCAAAGACAAGUGAUCAUACUAUAUAAAUAUCAUGAAUAUGGCGUUAUUUAUACAUUAUAAAAAUAAAGUGAUGAAGAUUUAUAAAAA